AUGAAGAUUUCUAUCAGACUUUUGCUUACUCUCUCUGUAGCCAUUGUAUUGUUAGUUAUUUUUAUGUCAAUGUUACGACCUGCAGAGCCCUUAAAUGGUGGUUCUGAAUAUGAAGUUCGCGUGGUCAAUGGGUUCACAAACAACUCCUCAUUGCCUCUGGUCAUUUGGUGUGCUUCAAAAGACAGUGAAUUGGGAGGACGUGCACUUCAAGAGCAUGACGAUUUCAGCUGGAGACUCAAGACCAACAUAUGGGGCACCACUCAUUUUUGGUGCACCAUGAAAUGGGACCAAAUGAGGAAGAGUUUUGAUGCGUUUAAGGCUUCCAGAGAUGCUUAUCGAUGUGGGACUGCUAGGAAGUGCUCUUGGUUGGUCAAAGAGGAUGGGUUUUAUUUCAGCAACGAUGAAGUGAAUUGGCAAAAGGACUUUCCAUGGUACUAG